AUGCUCUCAAAACGACAAAAACCGCAGCCAAGUCUGCAAGUACCAGUCCCGACCUUUCCUCUCUCAUCACCCAUCACCGAGGAGGUGGAGGCUUCCUCAUGCUCAUCUGCCGAGGACCACGAGUUGGAACGGAGUCGGCCGUUUGAUUUCCUGGUCAAAUCAACCAGACAGAAAGUCGAGAAGUCACAGAAAGAGGGGGGUCGGUCCUUCAAUGCCGCGCAAUUGCAUCGAGGACACGGAGAAAGCUCAAGGCUGAGUAUGGGUGGGAUUAUAAAGAAAAAAAAAGCCGCCAAACCAGUCGGUCUCAACCUGGUCACGAACUUUUCACUUUCGGCAACAUCAGCACCUAAAAAAACCCCUGACGGUUCCAUUGCGGCUCCAUUCGUGGAUCUGAAUGACCUGAAACAACUAUCCAGAGCCCGUGAGAAAGAACGCUCAAUACAAAAAGAAAAGACAAAGAGCACCGCGAGGAGAGCCUCUCGGGUUGGCCAGCGUCUGGAGCCAAACGAGUCCCACCAUGGAGGCUUCUUCCUCAACCCAGGCACCGAGAACUCAUUUAUGGAUCGGUCUGACUCGGGGCUUUCACCCUCCGAUCGCAAUGUUAUGAUCGGUCUGACAGUGCCAUACCAUGAGUCCUCGGAUCGGUCAAGGGAACUCGACAGUGCUGGUGACCAACCGCUCACACCCUCGAUAAUCGUUACCCCUGCCUGCGAAGAAACAUUCUGGUCCACAGAUACAGCCAGUCCAGAAGGACUUCAACCCCGAGCAACAUCUAGCGUGUACUCUCAGCCCACUCCACAUCUCUAUGGCAGUGAAACCGAUAUUCCACCGGUUCCCGCCAUCCCAGAGGAGCAUUCCUUGUCCAGAAAGCAAACUGAAGAGUCUGAUUAUCUGAAUGCUCAUUUUGUUGCUAUGACACAAAAGCGUCAAUCCCUCUCGGCCGGUACUAUUUUCGAAAAUGAAAUUGACAGCCCGGAAGUAGAGCGCCCGCGGACAAUAAUCGAUGACAAUGAUCAGAGCCCUUUGAACCGGCUAAGUGUCAACACGGAAGCAAGCCGACCACAGUCCCAAGGAUGGUGGAAUGUGCUACUCUCGCCAUUACUUGGCCGUUCAAAUACACUCUCUAGUAAAAAGUCUCCGCUCAGCCCGAGGUUUCCCACACCGAGUCCAUCUAUGCCGGGGAUAUCGCAAACAAGUCGGGAAAAGGAGAUUUCUUGUUUCUCACCUGAUACACCGGAGACAGCCGUGACGAACCAGUGGCAGGAAAGAAACAAAAAUCUUGAACAAGCUCGGUCUAUCGAUAAUAUCGACGCAGUCCCGCCUGUCCCGAAUAGACAAACUGCCAUGUCGAUGAUGUUCCCUGGACACCGAGUCCAGGGUGAAGCGGCGGAGUAUUACCAAGCUUGUGCGCAUGAACUGUUCAGCAAGACUCCAUACUUUGAUUGUUUCAACCAUGUGUGCUCGAUUACGCCACCAAAUGUCAUUGCUAGUCAACCAGGUCUAGGGGCCUCUGUCACGGGUGAUCGAGGGCUAGCUUUGGCUGAAGCUGAAAAUCAGCAUACUCAACCUGAGCUCAAGGAUGCCGAGGCUGCAACUGCUGCGCGUGGGCUGCUUAUCGAUGUCGAUACACCCUCCCCGGAGGCUAUGAAGAAUUCCGAAUGUGCUAAAUGCUCGCACUUGCGGGUUUCAACUAAUAGCACUGAUUCUUGGGCCUCAACUGCUGUUGACACUGUCAUGGAUGAUAAUGAGAAGAGAAUGUCUGAGUUACCACACGCUAGUAGCAGGGAGUUGGUUGUUGAAUCUCCUGUUCAACCUAUGGCUCAGGAGCCCGCUCAGGCUCCUGUCCAACAUCCAAUUGCAGAGCCAGCCCCCAUACCAGCAGCUUUCUUCCCACCAGAGCCCACCCCAGCCCCAGCCCCAGCACCUUUUGUGUCUCCGGAGCCUUUGAUGAGAGAGGCCGAGCCGGCUCCAGCACCAUAUAUCCCAUCACCACCCCCGGCUCCAGCACCGCAAGCUAUGCCUCAUUUCAUUCCUGUGUACCCUUCCAACAAUCCAUUUUUGUCUCCAUUUGAACAGCAAAAACCUCAGCCAGAAUUAUCGGAGUGGCCGAAUGCGCCCCCAAUUCCCCAGCAAUACUCUCAAGAGCCACCCCAGGAGGCAGAUAUUGUGAAGAUGCGUGGGGAACCUCAGGAUACGCCGCGAGAUGCCUCGCGAGAUGCACCACAAGAAGAUGCAAGAACUCUUGAGCAUCUCGCUCCACCAGAGCAGCAUGGGACACCUCAGGCAUCGGAACCUAUCUCGCCCGGCUUUCAGCGUGCUGCAGGAGGGCCCGGGUCAAUUCCCAUGUCUGAUGUCAAUGCCCCAGCACCGGCAUAUGCGCAACACCACAGAGAUGCCCCCCUUCCAGAGCGGUAUGAACCCUACUCGGCUCCAGAGGCGGCUGUGCUUAAUCCUGCAGGGGAGGUAGGGCCUGGUGAGUCUCGCCGCCGCAGACUGGAGCGUGAGGAUGCCGCAGGAAGGAAGAUCGGUGGUCUUUGGCGAGGACGAGGCUGCUUUAGCAAAGGGGGAUGUUAUGGGCGCCCUGGACGUGAAGGUCGUCUUCGCCGAAGAUGGUAUCUAUUCAUUGGCUUGUUCUUUCUCAUCAUUGUGGUUCUCGCGAUUGCUUUGGCAACUACAUUGACGAGAAAAAGUGAUGAAACUCAAGUUCAGUCGAAAUGGGUUAAUCUGACGAACUACCCGCCUAUCCAAACUGGUAUUAUGACAAUCGCUGGAACAGAACCCCAGGUUCGAAAUUCAGGGUGUGUCAAUAUUGAGACGAUGUGGAGCUGUUACCUUCCUAAGGGUACCCAGCAGACUGAGAAUAAACCUUUUGAUGGAAAUGAACCUACCUUUCGAGUUGAGAUUCGCUACCGCAACGGGACUUCUAAUAGCACAACAAGCUCAAACUCGACAACUACCAAGCGUGGAGUUUGGACGGCGGAUCCUUCUCCUCCGAGUAUUGCGGACCAAACCUUUCUUGGAAAUACAACAGAUGGCAACGCUAAGCCUUAUGCUGGCGAAGAGACGCCUUUCUACCUGUCUGUCCUGUCAGCCGUCCACUUAACGUCAACGAAUGUCUUCCGCCGCAGCAACUCAUCCAUCAUCCCUGCACCGACCGAGGACUCAGACGGGACUCCUGCAGCAGCGACACUAUACCCACUCCCUUCUUCACAGCCUGUCCGCCUCUAUAACCGAGGUGAAUCAUCAGAACACUACGGGUUUUAUACCUAUUUUGACAAGUCUAUCUUUCUUCAAUCAAAAGCACCUCUCAACGACAGUGUAGCAGACUACGACUCCGAGGACAAAAGCGGCGGCUCAACCAAGGCCGAGGCCCAAGCCCGGUGCACCUGGUCACAAACUCGCUUCCUUGUACAGAUUUGGACUAAUCCAUCCGGCAUGGGCUAUUCCCUCCUGUCAAGUAGCGGAAGCAGCACAAAUGCUACUGCCACAUCAACAGCUACUUAUACUUCUUCCACGGCCACUUCGUCGUCAUCUGCGACGGAUUAUACUCGUCCCGGUUCUUUCCCGUACCCUGUCACCGUCACUGUAGAUCGACACGGUGGCGAUGCCGAAAAAAGAGGGUGUAUUGUUGGGGCAUUGAGGAGAAUGGGGAAGUUGCAGAUUGAGAAUCGAUCUGUUGGGGGUACUUUGGUAAAUCCUGCUUUGACAUCUUCUUCGGGUUCCUCUUCGGCUUAUGGCGGGAUUGAUGGUGGGACAGGGGGCUGUGAGUGUCAGUGGGUGAAUUGGAUAUCUACUUCAUAG